UGAUCCACUCAGACACAUCAGUAUGUUUGCAAUAGCCUGAGGCAAGUACCAUCCCAUGUUGCAGGUGAGCUGGUGACAUCUCUACAGGUGAGCUGCGUUUGAGGCAGUGCUGGAUUGUAAACAUGGCUGCUGUGUUGCAUUGGCUUUUACCGUUAUGGACGCUUUGCUCAAAUAUUUGUCCCGUAGUUGAAAUGGCUCCGGAACCGGGUCAGUGGACAUUCACAGUCGUCAAUACCUCAAGACCACUGAUACUGAGAAAAGCCAUGUUCAUCAACACAGAUAUAUUUCUUAAAAUUCAAUCAUUCAGCUGCCCAGAGCCAGUGACAUUGACCAUCAAGUGGUAUCUAAAAUACUACCCCUGUCAUAAUGAAUUUAACAACAUUGAUGAGGUGUAUGAAAAAACCUUCUUUAGUCAGGGAGAAAGUCUUGACCCAACCCCUUUAGUUCGAGGAGAGUACAUUGAGCACACAUAUGAAAAUGUUGUUUGCCAUAAAGACCUUCAUACGUUUCCGACAUUAAACAUGAGUAAUUCCUUGCCUCGUUCAGUGUUACCUUCUUCAGCAAGUAUGGAAGAGAAAAAAGAACCUCAUGCAAUGCAAGAUGCUAAGAAUACCCAAAGCUCUGUUGGCGUAUUGAAUAAAAAUUCACUGGGGAAGAGAGGAGUUGACAAGGAAACUCAACCUUUUAUUCCGCAGGAUGUUAUAGCUAAGACUUGGAGAGAUGGGCCAUAUCUAUUAGUCAUUUCUUUUAAAACACUUAAUUCGAAAGCUUAUUGGAAUUUGACAGUGCGUGUUGUUACGAAAGACUCUCAUGGAUAUAUCUCUGUGACCGAAUGGCCUCUGAUGAUUUUUUAUAUGGUAAUGUGCAUUGUGUACAUCCUCUAUGGAAUGCUUUGGUUUCUGUGGUCAGCAUGCUACUGGAAAGACCUGCUCAGAAUCCAGUUCUGGAUCGCUGGUGUCAUAUUCCUGGGAAUGUUAGAGAAAGCAGUGUUAUGCGCAGAAUACCAGAAUACCAACAUCAUAGGAUCAGCCUCUGAAGGAUUGCUGAUCUUCGGCGAACUUAUUUCCGCACUGAAAAGGACGUUAGCACGACUGCUAGUGGUCAUUGUUAGUUUGGGAUAUGGAAUAGUCAAGCCUCGUUUGGGUACAGUAAUGCACAGAGUUGUUGGAUUGGGAGUCCUCUAUUUUCUGUUUGCAGCUGUAGAAGGCAUUUUGAGAAUAACUGGGGCAAAAUACUCUGAUCUUGUACUUCUGGCCAACAUUCCAUUGGCUUUGCUUGACUCUGGCUUAUGCUGGUGGAUUUUUGUCAGUCUGGCACAAACAAUUAAGACACUAAAAUUAAGGAGAAACCCAGUGAAGUUAUCACUUUACAGGCACUUUACAAAUACUUUAAUAAUUGCAAUAGUCGCUUCCAUAAUAUUUAUGAUAUGGACGACAAAGAAGUUCCGAUUUGCAGAGUGCCAGUCAGACUGGAUGGAGCUGUGGGUUGAUGAUGCUUUCUGGAGAUUUCUAUUCUCUGUUAUUCUGCUGGUCAUUAUGUUUCUAUGGAGGCCGUCAGCAAAUAAUCAGAGGUAUGCUUUCACACCUCUAAUAGAUGACUCGGACGAUGAAGAGGUUGAAGAGUUUUUGGUAUCAGAAAAUUUGGCUGAUGGCAUAAAGUUAAGAUCAUCUAAGACAGAAUCCAAUGGGACCUCGAAACCUGCUACUGGCAAUCAAGAUGAGGAUUUGAAAUGGGUUGAAGAAAACAUUCCAUCAUCUCUCUCAGACAUGGCACUUCCAGUACUUUUGGAUUCUGAUGAGGAAAUAAUGACAACCAAAUAUGAGAUGUCGAAAAUGGAGUGACUGACUAAAUUUGCUGCCAUGAAAACAAUUGUGUACUUGGUUUCCUGCUCAUAAAAACCAGAUCCAGUGGAGCUCUUCAGGGAUGGUACAGCAACUGCUUGUUCAUUUUGCAGACCAUUUUAUGUGCAUAAACUACAUAUAUUUAAGUCAGUUUCCAUUAUUUUGGCACAGUGGGAAUUCCACAUUUGUCAAAGUAAAACCGUGAUGAACAGUAAGUCAUACAAAUCGUUGACACUUGAAAACUAAAGUAGGAACUUUUUUACCCCCAGUAUUAUGCAUACAGAAUAAUAAAGGAAACAUUAAUUGUCUGGUUUGCAAUUUGCCGUAUAUGGGUAAUCGUUUGAUUGCAUUUUUAAUUUCCAUUGUAAAAUAAAUACAGUAUGUAUCUUUAUGCAGAAUUAAGGUCCAUUUAGUUCUUGAAAGUCCUUAGACAAGGAGGAGAUAUGAUCCCUUUUAUUAGACUAACUAAACAAUAAUUAAUCACAAGUUUCAAGACCUCAAAGAUCUCUUCAGGUGAAAGUAGAAAAGAGUGAUACCUACACAACUGUACAUGAGAUAAAACCAGCUAGAGCCUUAAACCAUUUUUGUUGUUGUUUAACUUGUAUGUAGUUAUAAUCUCUACUGGAGAAGAUUUUGUCAUACAUGACUUGUGUUUGUUUGUUUGUUGUUUUAUGAUUUGGCAACUUUAGAUGGAUAUGUACAAUCACGUGCAAAUUAAUGAAUAUGUGUAUACUAAGCUUUGCUUGGGCCAUUUGUGACGGGACCUUUAUAUUGUGGCAAUAUACCGUCAGUAAUGUGCUGUGAGCAUUGCUUCAAAUUUACUUUUUGAAGUUUACAUUCACUUUAUUCCUUUACAUGUUUUAUGUAAUUUGAAGUGUACUUACGACAUCGAAAGCCUUUGUCUAUUUAUUUAACACACUUCCAUGAAAGAGCAGUGUCGCAUUUUCAGGACCUAGUGAGAACUUUGUUUACAUUGGAAUAUACAGUUAGACCAUAUAUGCUGAGCUAUUUAGUAAAGAAACUGAUCAGCAUUGCUGAAAGGUGGGACCGAGGCUGAAUGCAAGGUUUCAUAUUCCAAUAGAACGUCCAUCACUCUGUCAUUUUAAACCUGAAAGAAGACUGUGCUUUUUGCUUUUGCUUUGUCAAGAAUUUCAUCCUUUCACAAUGUGUUAAAAAAAGAGUGCUUUAAAAUUAGUAUGGAAGUAUUGUGGAGUAAUGAUAAUGUAAUGUAUGGUCACUCUAAAGCACACAUUUAAUGCUGUAGCACUGUAAUAUUAUUUUUGAUUUGUGAGACAUUUUAUGUGUUUUUAGUGUGAAAUGUUUAAUACUGAAUAAAAGGGCUGGCCUGAUGCCUGACUGGAAGUUAAAAACAUUACCUAACAAAAUUAACAUCUAAGACAUUCAUGCAUGUUUAAGACAUUAACGUGAUUUGUAUUAAUCUGUUAUUCUUUAAGAAAAGUCCUCUUUAAAACUAAAGUAUUAUUUAAAUAUAUACUUGUAUUGAAAUUGUUAGCAUAUUUAAGUGGUCUUCCUCUUCCAUGUACUUGUUUCUUGUUAAAAAAAGACACAACAUAGCUGUUAAAACAUAACAAAAAUGAAGUAAUUUUUUUAAGAACUGUGAAAGCAUUUAUGAAGAUGUUAAUUAUUAGACUUUUUGAUUCAUGGAAGUGUUUUACAAUAUGGAUUAAAAAAUAAAGCUGCUUAUUUUAAUUGAUGUGUCUUUCUGGUUGGUAGUUUUAAUGUGGUUCUUAGUCACUGAUAUUCUUCGGGUAUUUAUGU